AUGCUCGCUGCUCUCCUCGCCACUGUCACGCUCGCCGCCCCCGCGCUCGCCGCUAACCACAUCAAGGUCCAGGGCGCCGAGUUCGAUCUCUGCAUUGACAACACCGACGGAAAGGAGGUCGCCGGCAACCCCCUCCAGGUCUGGAAGUGCUACACUGGCUCGUCCAACCAGGCGUGGAACUUCUCUGACACGGGCAAGUACCCUACUACUUUCAAGCUCGGCGACUCCAACCUGUGCAUGGGUGUCCAGCAGUCGCCCCUCGCUGACGGCGCCCCCGUCGUCCUUAUGGACUGCGCCGCCGGCUACGACCACACCACCUGGAGCGCUCCGAACGGCCGCAUCUGUCUUCUCGGCACCAACUACUGCCUCCAGCUCGAUGACGACUGCGCCCACGACGGCACCAAGCUCAAGGUCAUGACCCUCUCUACCUCCCCGAGCCAGCUCUGGGACGUCAAGGAGCCCGCCUACGAGUAA